UAAAAAUAUCGUUUUGAAUAUUUUAUUCAUUAAAGAGAAAUCUUCUAUUAUCGACCUGCUAUUAACUGUGACCCACGCACGGUCCAAACGUGAAGCUAAUCAUUGACUGAUGCUUCCUUUUGGGUUGAUAGGGAAAACUAAGACGGGGGUUUGGAAAGUUGAACUUGUAAACGGCGUACAGAAUUUGUAUGAAAAACAUCAAAAACAACAGAGACAUAUAAUUGUAUUUUGGGCGCCAGACUUAAAGGCGACAUAAAUUCGGCGGCAAGUUGACAAUUUUUAUAUUUACUUGCUCACAUGUUUGUUAUUCUUAAAGGAAAACAAAUUAGAAUGCAUAAACACAGCAAUAUACAUUGACAAAUUAUUGGGAGCUAACUAAAAACAAUUUAAUUUACUAAAAUAACUUUUUUGGCGGGCCUCAAUCAAAAAUCAUUGGCACUUACGAAUAAAUGAGUAAGAAAUUGUUUUCUCAUAAAAUAUAUGAUUUAUAUUUAAUUUAUUGUCAAACGGAAGAGUUUUCUUUUGUGCAAUUGAAACAAGAGGAACUCGAUAUGAACAACGAGAACAUUAAUAUGUUUAGAAGCUAGCGUUUACUUAGUUUGUUGAGUGGAUCGUAACCGGGACAAUGGGCUGUUAAUGUGGCAGGACUCCUCCAUGUGGAUAGCCUGAGGAAGUACUAAUGACAGUUUUUAUGCUUCUAAUUUUUUUUUUGUAAUCGAUUGAAAACUUCCAAUUUUUAAUUAUUAAAAUUUGAAUAAGUAAAGCAAUAUGAUUGGGAACAUUAUUUAUUUGACCCCGGCGGCGUCGGGUUGCUUUUUCUUGGCGUGUAAUCAAUUUGUGGUUAAUUUUUACUUCUUCGUGCGGGAGGAUGGGUCGAUGGAACGCGUGAUUCCAUAUAUGCGUGGUGAAAGUUUUACCGUCCUAACUAAAACGCAAUCGGAGAACGGUGCGUCGACAGAUGCUUAAACAAAAAAAAAAUUGUAUUUUAUACAAAAAUGUUUUAGAAUUUAAGCUGUUUAUCUGAUCUGAUCUCAUAAAUUAAUUUUCAAGUUUAUUUUUCAGGGAAUGUCAUGGCGAGAAGCUGGGUUUAGAAAAAGCGAAAUCAAGCCCGAAUCACGAACUUUUCUUAUCUUGUGCCUAGUUGUCUCCUGUUUUAUUCAUUACGGCGAUGCGCAUGGAAGACUUAUCGAACCCCCAAGUAGGGCAUCGGCUUGGCGUUAUGGAUUUCAAACUCCGCCAGACUACAAUGAUCAUGAACUCUAUUGCGGUGGCUUCACUCGACAGUGGAAGCAUAAUGGAGGAAAAUGUGGGGAGUGUGGUGAUGCUUGGGACUUGCCUGAGCCACGCCCACAUGAACAUGGUGGCCAAUGGGGGCAGGGUGUUGUUGUUCGAAGCUAUUUGCCGAGCUCCGAAAUCAUAAUUCGUGUAGAGUUGACUGCCAGUCAUAUGGGGUACUUUGAGUUCAGGUUGUGCCCGAAGCCAAGUGCUAAGCAGUCUUGCCUUGAUCAAAACGUGUUGCAUAUAAUAAGCGGUUCGCCCUCGCAGCGUAGCCCAGCAGACUUGGACAGUAGAUUCUAUCCCCGUAAUGGUAGUCGCAUUUAUGAAAUCAAAGCGCAAUUGCCUGACCUAUUAUGCAAUCAAUGCGUGCUACAGUGGCGCUAUAUAGCCGGAAAUAAUUGGGGCCUAUGUGACGAUGGAAAUGGUGCAGUUGGUUGUGGUCCUCAGGAGGAGUUUCGGUCAUGUUCGGAUAUCGCAUUAACAAAAGAUGCGCGUCUGCCGAAUCGUCCUGUUCGACCUAUACACCGCAUUACUACACCUGCUACAAUUCCUAAGAAUGAUCAAGUUGAAGUGAAUAACAAACAGUUCACUUCGUUAAUAUUCUUGAUCGGCUUUAUUUUAUUACUGCUGAUAUCUGGCUUAGUAAUUAGUAGUGUAUACAUAUUCCUUAAGCCUGCUAAGCUAAUUGAAUGGAGGGAUUUGUUCCUCAAAAAAUUCUGUCAGAAGCAGAAAAAAGCACCUUUAGUUAACCUAUCACAGAGCAAGCCCGUCAUGUCUCUUGGGACUAUUGAAAAGUGCGAAGACAACAGCAAUACCAGUCAAUUGCCAAGUCUGCUGAAUACAGCGCCGAUUCCCCCACCUAGAACAAAACGAGACAUGCGUAUUAAGGAAAUAUCCAUUAUAUCCUAAGAAUUGUUCCUCUCUGUAAAUUGGUAUGGGCUAAAAUGAUUGCUCCCUGAACCCAACCCAUUAGUAUUCUUUGCAUUUCUUAACUAUAUUAUUGUAAACACAAAACUGAUUACUUUAAUAUUAUUUUUAUCAAUGAUGUAUGCGCAUAUGACUAGUAUGGCUUACAAUUUAGAUUAACUAAAGUGUUUACAGUCGACUGCGUUGUUUUAACAUAGAUAUUUAAGAUAAAUAAUUUUUUGUGAUACCAAUGUAUGUAACCGUUUCCAAUAUUCAAAAAAUAGUU